AUGUCUUUCGAGGGAAAAGUCUACGCAAUCACAGGCGCCGCCUCGGGAAUCGGCCUCUCCAUCGCCAAACACCUACACGCACGCGGAGCAAAGAUCAGCCUGGCGGAUAUCUCCGAGAAAGGUCUUCAAGAAGCAGCAAACAGCAUUGGCUCCGAAGACAAGAUCUUGACUUCCGUAUGCGAUGUUCGCAACCUCGAACACGUCAAAAGCUGGAUCCAAAACACAAUCGACAAGUUCGGCAAGCUAGAUGGAGCGGCAAAUUUCGCUGGAGUCCUUGCCUCACAAAAUGGGAAAAUCAUUGAAGAUCAGGAUGAAGAGGAUUGGGAGAGAGUCUUGGGUAUAAAUCUCACGGUGCGUUUGAUGGAACUCACAUCUCUUUAUAAAUUGUCGAAUUGAUCGUGUGAUGUUUUCGAAUUAGGGCGUCAUGCACUGUCUCAAGGUCCAACUCCCUCACCUAAAACCCGGCUCGUCCAUCGUAAACGCCUCUUCGAUUGCCGGUAUUCGAGGCCUCCCCGGCUUAGCAGCCUACGGAGCCUCCAAACACGGCGUCGCAGGCCUCACCAAGAUCUGCGCAUCGGAUUACGCCUCCAAGAGGAUUCGUAUCAAUGCCGUGGCACCCGGCACUGUUGAGACCCCAAUGUCGGCGGCUUUUGUUGGAAAGAACGAAGGGUAUGAUCAAUGGUUCAAGAGUGUUGUUCCGAUGGGACGUAAAGCGCAGCCGGAUGAGUUGGCCAAGGUUACGCUGUUUCUGCUUGGAGAGGAGAGUAGCUAUGUGACGGGACAGGUUUGGAGCGUUGAUGGUGGUUGGAGUGGGAUGUGA